AGUGGUCUAUACACUUUCUGAUUCAGCAUUCAGAAACAUUCUAGGUGGACUCUGUAGCUUUCAGUUUUGUGAAGUUAUCAGAAAAACAUCGGGAGGGUUUGGCCAUCAUAUGUGAGCUUUGUGUUUCAAUGCCAGUUACUCAGGAUUAGUAAAUUAAUGACUGUCCAGAGGACUUCAGGGUCACCAAGCUGCUGCACCUGCCAUUGGCUGACUCUCCCCGGCUAUCUGUGGCUGAGAUGGUGCUGCUUAGGUCACGCAGAGCAUGAGCUGCUGCUGAAAGGGCACAGGAGAUGGCCCUUGGGCUUCUCAUCCCAGGAUGCCUGCCCUGCCCACCAAUCCAUGAGAAGAUAUGUAUGAUUUCAGUAGGCCCUGGAUCAGCUUGUCACCUCUGGUUUCCUGUUUGCUUUCCACUCACUCAGCUGGAGUUUCAUUUCCAGACUAAAGUCUUCAUCAUUGGCUUCAGAAACAGCAUUCAUCUGUGGCUGUGCUGAUGUAGUACACCAAGAACAACUGGGCUCUUCUCUGUCACUUUCAGUGGGCUACCUUCCCUCACCUCUCCAAGCAGCAUGAAAGAAUUCUUUACAUUUUUAAUCUCUUUUUUGUUUUUCCCUGAAAGUAUGCUUUGGUGCUUAAAGAGAGAAGUCACAAAAGUAUACUACUGAGUUUCCUGGAGAUGAAAUCCUGUUGUCCCUAGCUACAUGAAUGAGCACAGGGAUCCCUGAUGCCAUUAUUUUGUAUAUUCAUACGGCACACACUUACUGAGGGCCUUCUGUGUGCCCUAGGGGAUUGAGCACAGUGACAUAUCAGGGCAGGUAGAAACAGAUGGAGAGCUGAUGCGGGCUCUCUUAGAGCAGCUGCCCCAGGAGGCCCCUGUGGAUGGAUGUUGGGCAGGAGCCCUGAGACGUUAGGGGCAUAUAACUAAAGGACAUAGCAGGAGUUAUAGGAGGAGCUGAUCCCUGAGGGAAACAAUGAAGAGGGAGAAGAUGGGGCUAAAGUUUGAAUUGUGGGGACAUUAAUCACAGUGAUUCUUAAAACUUUGCUGUUGAUGAUUUUCAAUGGAGAAAAUGAGUACGUAAGAUGUUAUUUCCCAGUUCAGUAUAUUGGUUGCCCACAAAGUAUUUUCCUACCAUGAAUGGUCAUAUAUACUUGUUGUAGAAUACCAGGGACAGCAGAGAUGGUGGGGUGGUUACUUCCUUUUCUUACAGCCCAAGAACUUUGGUGUCCAGGAAAUUGACCAGUUUAGCCACUGAGCAUUUAAUACAACACAGGGCUACCCAGAUCCCACUGUCCUGAUUUGCCCUGAAAGCCAAAGGAGUUAGGAGAAGGUGAGUGGAGAGAAUAUAUUAAUCCUGAGAGUUGAACAGAGCAAAAAUCCCUAUUACUUUUGUACUUAAAACAUCUCUGCCACAUGUGCUCACUCUUUAUAUUCUGUUUAGGUGGUUUAUAUGUGCACAUCCCAUCCUAUGCCUGCAGUUAGCCAAUGCAGGGUUUAUAUUGCCUCCUUUCUUUUUUUCUUUUUCUUUUUUUUUUAAGAGAUGGGAUCUCAUUCUAUCAUGCAGACUGGAGUGCAGUGGUGUGAUCACAGCUCAUUGUAACCUCCAACUCCUGGACUCAAGUGAUCCUCCUACCUUGGCCUCUCUGGUAGCUGGGACUACAGGUGCAUGCCACCACACCCACCUAAUUUUUUUUAUUUUUAUUUUUUGUAGAGACAGUCUCACUAUCUUGCUCAGGCUAGUCUUGAACUCCUGGGCUCAAGUUAUCUUGCUGCCUCAGCCUCCCAUGGGUAAUUUUUAUUUCCUUUUUUUUUUUUUGGAGAUGGAGUUUCGCUCUUGUCGCCCAGGCUGGAGUGCAAUGGCACGAUCUCGGCUCACUGCAGUCUCCACCUCCUGGGUUCAAGUGAUUCUCCAUCCUCAGCCUCCUGAAUAGCUGAGAUUACAGGCAACUGCCACCAUGCGCGGCUAAUUUUUGUAUUUUUUUUUAGUAAGAGAUGGGGUUUCACCAUGUUGGCCAGACUAGUCUUAAACUCCUGACCUCAAGCGACCUGCCUGCCUUGGCCUCCCAAAGUGCUGGGAUUACAGGCAUGAGCCGCUAUGCCUCGUCGCUGAUUUUUAUUUCUUAUUUUUUUUUUAGAGAUGGGGGUCUCACUAUGUUGCUCAGGCUGAUCUCAAACUCCUGGCCUCAAGUGAUCCUCCCACCUUAGCCUCCCAAGUUGCUGGAAUUAUAAGUGUGAGCCACUAUCCCUACCUCACUAUUACCUUCUUUGCUUCUCUUGUUUUCUUUUGUUCUAAGUCAAACCCAUCACAAUCUUUUCUUGUCCUUCCAGGUGUUUUCCAGUGCUGUGCCCUGGAUGUGCUCUCUUUCUCUUAGAGCCCAGAGAACUUGCUUUUCCCCCUUAUAUAUGACCCUUAACUUUUUCUAACACAUUAUUAAGGGCCUGUGUCUAUCAGCUGGGGGCACUUCUUGAAGGGAGGGCCUUUGUGUGGUCUGUUUCUGGUGACUUCCAGCUUUAACCCAGAGCCUCAUGAUUGCUGGGUGCCCAUAGCCUUUUUGCUGAAUGGAGGCACUCAGUCUCCUUGGGAAGAGAGAAUCCAUGAUAGACCCACUUGGGAGCUCCCCACUUCAGGGGCCUACACACUGGUAAUGCAACAGAAUGCCCAAGAGUGACCUCAUAAAGCAAGGAUUCCCUUUGUGGCCCCUUCUCUGCUGCCUCUCAGAAUCCAGACGCUAAGGAAAAUCCCUAAGCAGAGAUUUUCUGUUGGAUGCUAAAAGCAAGGAAUAAAAGUUGAAAAUUUGGAAAAUGUCUCAACACCGUCACCAGCGCCACUCGAGAGUCAUUUCUAGUUCACCAGUUGAUACUACAUCGGUGGGAUUUUGCCCAACAUUCAAGAAAUUUAAGAGGAACGAUGAUGAAUGUCGGGCAUUUGUGAAGAGAGUCAUAAUGAGCCGUUUCUUUAAGAUAAUUAUGAUUAGCACUGUCACAUCGAAUGCGUUUUUUAUGGCCUUGUGGACCAGUUAUGACAUAAGGUACCGCUUGUUCAGACUUCUUGAGUUCUCGGAGAUCUUCUUUGUGUCCAUCUGCACAUCUGAGUUGUCCAUGAAGGUCUAUGUGGACCCCAUCAACUACUGGAAGAACGGCUACAACCUGCUGGAUGUGAUCAUUAUCAUCAUUAUGUUUUUACCCUAUGCCCUCCGCCAGCUCAUGGGCAAACAGUUCACUUACCUGUAUAUCGCUGAUGGCAUGCAGUCCCUGCGCAUCCUCAAGCUUAUCGGCUAUAGCCAGGGCAUCCGGACGCUGAUCACCGCCGUGGGGCAGACAGUCUACACCGUGGCCUCUGUGCUCCUCCUGCUCUUCCUCCUCAUGUACAUCUUCGCUAUCUUGGGCUUCUGCCUGUUUGGAUCUCCAGACAAGGGUGACCAUGAUAACUGGGGGAACCUGGCUGCGGCUUUUUUCACCCUCUUCAGCUUGGCCACGGUUGAUGGCUGGACAGACCUGCAGAAGCAGUUGGACAAUCGGGAAUUUGCUUUGAGCCGGGCAUUCACCAUCAUCUUCAUCUUGCUCGCCUCUUUCAUCUUCCUCAACAUGUUCGUGGGUGUGAUGAUCAUGCACACAGAGGACUCCAUCAGAAAGUUUGAGCGAGAGCUGAUGUUGAAGCAGCAGGAGAUGCUCAUGGGAGAGAAGCAGGUGAUUCUGCAGCGGCAGCAGGAGGAGAUCAGCAGGCUGAUGCACAUACAGAAAAAUGCUGACUGCACAAGUUUCAGUGAGCUGGUGGAGAACUUUAAGAAGACCUUGAGCCACACUGACCCAAUGGUCUUGGAUGAUUUUGGCACUAGCUUACCCUUCAUCGAUAUCUACUUUUCCACUCUGGACUACCAGGACACAACUGUCCACAAGCUUCAAGAGCUGUACUAUGAGAUCGUGCAUGUGCUGAGCCUAAUGCUGGAAGACUUGCCCCAGGAGAAGCCCCAGUCCUUGGAAAAGGUGGAUGAGAAGUAGCUGGGCAUGGGGCACCCAUGUGCCGAGAGCCUUGCAGACCAUGACAGGUCCCUAUUAAACACAGGCUUUCUGA